AUUUUCCGAGCAACAAGAAGUUGGACGUUGCGCUGGGUCCAAAUUCUAUCAGAUUUAAGAAUGUUAUCGCAUAGUUUUUUACGGUUAACAAUUCAGACGUUCGGAGUUCGUUGAGCUCCUCCACUCUGGUUUAUGUAACCAAAUUAAUAUCUGUUAUUCUUUCGAUGUUGAAACCGUUUUAUUCGAAUCUCGACUCUAUGCGCGUCACUUUCUGUUCGUUCACCUCUCGAAGGAAAACAAUAAUCAUUUGCAAUUCACGCUGACGAUAAGUAUCUACCGUGCGUAUCUCGUUAGUGGAUCGUAAGGGAAACGUAAACCAGAAGAUAGAGGCAAACAAUUAACGUUAAGAUGAAUCGCGUAAGGAAAUUGCUAUCGAGUAAAGAGACUCGAGAGUAUUUUAUGAGUACGCAUUUCUGGGGACCUAUAGCUAAUUGGGGCAUUCCAAUCGCAGCAAUCGCUGACACGCAGAGGGAUCCGAAAUACAUCAGUGGAAAAAUGACAUUCGCUUUGUGCUUGUAUUCUGCGAUGUUCAUGCGUUUUGCGCUGAAGGUCCAGCCACGAAAUUUACUUCUAUUUGCCUGCCAUUUUGUGAACGAAGGUGCACAGCUCACGCAAGGUACUAGAUUUAUUAAUUAUCAUUAUCUAAGUAAGGGGGAAUAAUGAUAAAUCAUACGGUACAAAGUAGCCAAAGUUAUUGAAGGUGCAGUGUGUACCUGUGUCCUAUCGAUCUAUCCAAAGAAUAUUUCCUUUGUCGUUCGUUUCUCCGAAUGAUCUUUAUUUAUGUAAAUUAAAAGCACACACAAAUAUAUAUAUAUGUAUAUAUUGUAACACGAUUUUCAUUGUUAAUAACAACCAAUAAAUUGAACAGUUACGAUACAGAGAUACCUUUUACAAGGCA